ACGAGCAAGGUGUGACGUGGCGUGCUGCUCAGCAGCCAAGCGGAGGGGUUUGCUUGCUGCUCUACUAAACGCCUCCGUGUAACUCCCGAGGUCGUUGGUAAAAGUACUCCCCUACUUCGGCGAUUUUUGGUCGUUAGCUGAAGUGCGCUGGGCAGGUAGGCGCCUGAAGCUGCGGCUAGAGCGGGUAGGCGAAGCGCACACGCGCAGUGCAGAACUCCUCCGUUCACCUCCUGCGCUUUCACCACUGGUCUCUAAUCUACCUACUCCUCUUUCCCGCUCUGCACGGUGCUGCUCGCCUGAUCGCCUCUACGUCGCUGCUUGAGUCCGCCAAGUCUGCUGAUAGACUAUUUGAGAAUUCUAAAAGAUCUCAAGUCGAAUCUUCGUGAACCGCCUAGCUGCCCGAACCGCCGUAGUUCUGCAACCUAACGAGUAGACUAGAAACAAGACGGCUCCGCUCUUGUCGCGCUCGUCUUCCUAACCAUCCGUCCAAUUGUCCAUCACCCACCCAUCAACCGCCAUCGCCUUUUCUCCUCACCGAGUCUCCAGAUAUCCCGACACCGGCGCUCACCAGAGACCCGCGGCUCCUCGUCCACCUGACCGACCUGCCGCCCUGCCAAGCCUUACAGCCACUUGUCACCUGCUUUUCUCCUUACAAGCUCCUCCGAUACCUUUUCCCCGUGCCGUCACUCCCACACUUCCACGAGCCCGCCCUUUUCAGAAGCCGCCCUUCCCAAAAGCCGCACUCUCUCCCAGAAGCACCCUCCCAGAAGCUCCUCGCGUUCAGGAGCCCUUUCCUUGAGACGCCCUCCCCGUUACGAAGCCGUCCCUCCCACGAAGCCGCAUGGCUGCGCCAUCGGGAUCGUCGCCGACCGGCCAGUGGAUGAAGUACUUGACGGACUCCGUCGACCUUGACGGUGGCGCCGCGAUGGAUGAUCUGCUGGCCGAGCAGCAGUCCACGUGUCAGGAAAUCGAGAGAGCUUCCAGCCGCGCCAAUGGGAUCAGUGCUGCGGAAAAGGGGCCGUCGCACGGCAGUCGCAAGGACUCUGAAUGCCGCCGCGGUGGCGCUGCUUCCCAUAAGCGGCCGCGAGAGGACCCGAGCGAGGCGAGCAGCAGCAAGGCCAAUCGGGAGAAGAUGCGCCGCGACCGACUCAACGACAGGUUCGUGGAGCUGGCGCGGUCCCUUGAGGGGAGCGGGCAGGCGCGCGCGGACAGGGGGAGCAUUCUGGCAGACGCAGUGCGCGUGCUGGCGCAGCUGAGGGCGGAGACGGCGCAACUGCGGGGAUCCGCGGAGCAGAUGAAGGAGCAGAUCCGCGAGCUCAAGGCGGAGAAGGGCGAGCUGAGGGAGGAGAAGGCUCGCCUGCAGGCCAACAAGCAGCAGCUGGAGGACCAGGUCAGGCGCAUGGCAGCAUCUGGUGGGGCCGCCCAAUCCACGGCCCCCACGUCAGCAGCUGCUUCAGAGGCUGCACUGUCCCCACCUUUACCUGCGGCCUGUCCUCCUAAUGCUGCUGCUGCUACCGUUCCUAUGAUGCUGCACCCAGCAUGUGACCCAGCCAAGCUGGCAGCACUUGGAGCACCCAUGGGCAUGGUGCACAUGCCAAUGAUGGCAGGCCCCGUCGCUCACCCUGGUCCAGGUCAUAUGCCAUACUCUGUCCCAACCCAUUCCGCUGCUGCUGCAGGAAUUGCUGCUCCACAGUACAUGGCCGCAUUGCCUGCCAUGCCAUAUGGCAUGCCAGGGAUGGCACCUGUGGCCAUGUGGCAGUGGUUACCGCAGUCGGCUGUUGACACAUCCCAUGAUCAGAUGCUCAGGCCGCCUGUGGCAUGAUUUGAUUGCGUUGCAGGGAUGGGGUCGGAUAUUUGUCUCCAUUCGUUCGCCUUGGCUGUUUAAUAUAUUUUCCCUGCAUGUAAUGGAAAACCAGUGUGCCUGUUCACGAAUAUGCGUGCCUAGUGUAUGC